UCAAAAAUCUAUUAAUAGUGUAUAGAGUUAUUUCCUGGUAGAGUUGGAAUCCAUUGUUGUUGAAAGUAGUCUUGAUCGCAAGAUCUAAACUCUAGAUCUUACUCUGAGGCCCUAUUACUUACCUAAUUACGCAACAAGGCUUAGAUCUAAUAUUAUUAACUUAUUAAGUAAUUGCAGAGAAAAUAAUGACUUUAUUUCAUUAUUUAUUUCCAAAUGGAUAGCUUUAAUAUGGCACAGUUUAAAGGACAAGCAAGAAUCACAACUGCCACAGGCGAGCAUGUACCUUCAGCUGUGGCAAUAGGCAUUGGAAAUAGAUCUGACUUUGUAGUACAUCAGAAUGAUUUGGAACCUUCGAAGCAUUACAAAUUUCGAGAGAGUGAUGACUAUGAUGGCAUUGUGGUUAACAGAUCAAAACAUGCAGGGAAGAGAAUUGACAGUUCUGGAUGCAUUAAAAACUAUGACAAUUGUGACGCAACAAUCAUAUGGCAUGAUAAGGAUGAAGCUCUUGUGAUUGAUAAGAAAGAUAUAAAAAAGAAAAAGGUUUACCACGUUUAUGCUGAAGAAAGCCCUUCACCAAUAGAACAAAUUGGUGUGCAACCAAAACAAGCCCUUAAACGUUCUAACACUGAUGAGCUAGAAGAGGAGAAUUUUACACACACAAUUGUCCAAACGAACCCAGUCAAUAAAGGAGUAAAAAAGUUUCAAGUCCAUGAACUUAUGGAUAAGAUCAACAGGAAAGAACAAGUUGGUCCAACACAAAUUGUUUUAGACUCUGAGCUGUUUUCUGGCUUUGAAAACCUUACAGUUUGUGAUAAUCAUUCAAAUAGUGGGAGUUUUGGAGAAGUAACUAAAGUUUAUGAUUUAAAAAGUCAACAUAAUUUAAUGAAGAAAAAGAUUAAAGAGAAACUUGAACCAAAUGAAAUUGAAAUUCCAAUGGAGUUCCCACAGUCUAAACACUUAGCAAGAAUAGCUGGGAUUUGGUUUGAUGGUGUGCAUACUCAGAUCAUCCAAGAGGAUGCAGGUUUCUCUUUGAGACGAUUAAUUGCUGACCAAAACUUUUUAAAAUCCCUUGAGAAACCAGAAAAGUUAGAAAAAAUUAUGAUGGAUAUUUACAGUGGACUUAGCCUACUGGCAUGUCAUGGCAUUACUCACUGUGACAUCAAACCUGAAAAUAUUUGCAUUAAAUUUAAUCAAGAUGAUUCAUGCACUGCAAAGCUCAUAGAUUUUGGUUCAAGUAAAACUCAGAAGGAUCGAAUGACAUUUAGAGGUUUAACACCAGAAUACCUGCCUCCAUCAAUUAAUAGUUUUCUACACAAUGUUUAUCUUUUCCAAAAGAAACAGCUACGAGCCAUCCCCUCACCCUAUCCAAGACUGUGUGGUAAGGACGAUGUAUGGGCUGCUGGUAUGGUGGCGGUUUUCCUUAUUAAAGGUGUACACCCUACAAUCAAAUUUUUUACUGGUCUCCCUGAUUAUCCAAGCCAAGGAAAUGUUGAAGACUUGCGGUAUAAGACCAUGGAAAAUAUUGGAAAAAUGACAGAUCCUUUACCAGAAUACUUUUUUGCUGCUACUCAGUCUGUCAUCUCAGAGCUUUUGCAUCACGUGCUUGUUGUUGACCAGAAUAUGAGAUGGACUGCUGAAAGAGCAAUCUCAUUUUUAAGAGAAAAACUGAGAAGUGAGCCACAUUCUAAGAAGUUUAAAUCAGAUUUGCUGAUUGAGCCAGUAGUUGUCAAGAGAGAAAACUCUUGUGAAGAUGUUGAUAUAAAAAAGUGUAAAGGCAUCAGCAAGCCUCAUCUUCCUGUUAAUCGGAAUCCCUCAGAAGACAAUGCUGUUGGGCUUACAUUUGGUACUGCUUUUAAACUGAAGACAGUUGCUGUGGAAUCAGUGGCAGCUUUAAAGUGUCAACCCACAGAAAAGUCACCUGUAAUGCCUUUCUCAAAGUCUAAAUGCUGGGCCAGUCCAGAAAAUCAGCAACUUACAGAGGAUAUGGAAUAUGAUCAGUUAGUUAAAUCAUUUAGUGAGAAGCUACCAAUGCAUAAAGAAGGAAAGCUACCAAUGCAUAAAGAAGAAAGUUUUGAUCCUAAUGCCAAACAGAUUGUAGAGGAGCAUAAUGUUUUUUUUGGGGUACAUAAAAAGGUUACAGACAUUUCAUUUGUUCACAAGGAACAGAGUUCUUUCAUUCUUGGAACUUCUCCUUUCCUGCCUAAAUUUGCUCCUAUAGUUUCCAGGGAAGUUUACAAAUUUACAGGUAAAAGUAGCCAGUUUCUAAACACGACUAUUCCUGAACCCCAUUUUGAUCAAGCAACUGGAAAUAUUCCAAACAUGGGUGCUUUAUUCGAUGACUUGAUUAAAAAGUAAUAUAAGGAAAGUACAAUACAAUAUGUUACAUGAAAUGUAACAUCAUUAAAAUUGUUUAAUUUUCUCAUUUAUUAUUGAUGAUUAGAUUUCUAUCUCUAACAUUUUGAUUGCUUUCACUUCAUACAGUUUCUUUUUGUAUUAGUAAAGCUUUUAUCUGUGGUUUUUGGUAAUUUAAUUUUAUAUUUGUAAAGUGUAUGUCCUGAUUGUCCCUUCAUACGGAAUUAUUUCUCAUGUAUAAAAAAACUAUUUAAAAAAGUAACCUUUGUCAAAUGAUGGCCAAAUGAUUCACCCCUCAAUUCCUCUCUAUGUAUUGAACUACAGCUGCACUCAUGGCAGCAACAAAAGAGAGGUCUAGCUUGGCAGUCAUUAAAUAAUAAAUAACUUUUUUAAAAGCAUUUUUUGGCUACCAAUUAAUUUUGAUAAUUGAAAUUGGUAUAAACUGGUGAAUAAAUGUAGUUUUUAGUAGUACAGAAACCUAUCUUUCUUUUUUAAUAUUGUAACAAUUGUAACUGUUGUAUGUAGAUUAGAAUUUUUCUUUAAAAGACAAUUAAAAAUUUAUAAUAAAAAAAAUUGAAAAGCUCAUAUAAGUCCUGCAAGUUUGAAAACUAAAUAUUGAUGAAAAUUGUAUGCAUAUUACUAAUAAUAUACAAUAAUUUGAAUUUUCAAUAUAUUAUUUUUAUCUUAACAAAUAGUGAUUUUCCUCCAAAUUUUUAUGUUUUUUAUUUUAAUGUAUACUUAGGUCAAAAUAAUGUGUAACUGCUCUUCAUUCAGAUUUUAGUAAUAAAAGUAAGGUUAUGAAACAUUUA